AUGACAGCUUCAAACGGUACCAACGGGGACUCCGCUAAAAUGACCGAAGAUCCCUUGUAUCAAAAGACGAUGUCUUUCAUCCGACCAAACUGGUUGAAGGAGAAGAUGGAGGCGGGUGGCCUAGGUUUCUCAUUCGGAAUGUCCAUGACCUUCUCGCCCGAUGUAGCUCUUUUAGCCAAAGUUGCUGGAUAUACUGCCGUCUUGAUCAACUUGGAGCAUUGUCGAGCCGGCAUUGAAACCGCUUGUGAUGUUGCUUGUGCAUGUUUAAAUAUCGGUAUCUCCCCUAUUUGUGUCGUUCCUUCAUUGCAAUCCGACUGGAUCUCGAGAUUACUUGAUAACGGUGUUCAAGGUAUAAUUGUACCUAGGACGGGUACAGCUGCCAUGGCUAAAGAGCUUGUCAAGUACUCUAAGUUCCGACCUUUGGGAGAACGACCAUUGACUUCCACACCUCAAAUGCAAUAUCAACUCCCUCACCCGGAAUACGCUAAAAUCGCUCAAAAUAAUACAACCUUGACCAUGCCAAUGAUCGAGACUGUAGAAGGCUUAGAAAACUGCGAGGAAAUCGCAGCUGUUGAGGGUGUGGAUGCUGUUUUCGUGGGAGCUUGGGACCUCGCCGACGAUAUGGGUAUAGGCGGUCAACGUGAUAGUCCUCUACUUUACGAAGCUCUCAGCAAGAUCUGUCGAGCAGCUACGAAACACAAUAAAUACGUCGGACUGGGUGGCAUGGAACCACGACCUGACAUCAUUGCUAAAUUACGAAAGGAGUUCAAUUGUGUUAGAUAUGUCAUGGCGGGUAGAGACACCGCAGUGUUCCAAGCUGGUAUGAAUGCACAGGUCAAGACCAUCAAAGAAAUUGAGGCUUCGACAUAG